CGGUAAGUGCGUGUGGCUUGUGUUUGGUUUGUGCGAUUGACACAACUGUAGCAUGCGAGCGGCGCACUACAUCAAGGUAGCAAACAACAGCUUGUCUGCGAGAAAAGAUCUCUGUAGAUGCAUGGUGGAAUGUGUGUCUGAGAUUUUACCAGACGACGCUGGACCAUAUGUUCAGAGAGGGGGAUUUUGAAUUGUGUCCAUCUCAUUUGACUAGAAUCUCUUUGACAGCUCGUUGAAGUGCCUGCUUUCCUCCGCUGCCAUGGCUUCCACACCUCCACCUCUCAUGAAGAAGCACAGUCAGACUGAUCUUGUGAGUCGUCUCAAAUCCCGCAAGGUCCUGGGUGUCGGCGGGGAGGAUGAUGACGGAGAGGUGCACAGGUCCAAGAUCAGUCAGAUGUUGGGUAAUGAGAUGAAGUUUGCUGUACGUGAGCCCAUUGGUCUCCGGCUUUGGCUCCUCAUCUCUGCAGUGCUGUUCACAUCCACUUCCUUGAUGGCCCUGGCUUUUCCCAGCCAGCUCUAUGAGAUAAUAUUUGAGAUCACCACCUCCAGGAUCUCCAUCAGACUCUACGGAGGAGCCCUUCUAUGUAUCUCAUUAAUUCUGUGGAAUGGCUUGUACACAGCGGAAAAGGUCAUCAUUCAAUGGACGCUACUUACGGAAGCGUGUUACUUCGGGGUACAGUUUCUAGUGACAUCCAUCACCCUUUUGGAGAUGGGCACGUUGUCCAACAGUGCGAUCAUUCUUCUUCUUAGUGAAACUUUCUUCCUCUUCGUCACCUUGAGUUACUAUCAUCACCUCGGCCGGCGCUCCAAAAAGAUCUGAGAGAGGCCAGCUAUUUGUUAAUUGGGUAGAUUGGCACCACAGAGUACUCUGAAUACAGUAGCACCACUGCCUGGGCCAAAUGAAUUUACACUUGACUGAAAAUCAACCUCUGUUUGUGGGUAAUUUGUAUUUUAUGUAAGUACAAUAUCUGGGCAUUUACUCUCAUUAGAUACAGAGGGCCACAGAUCAUGACUAUUGUUUAUGUUACAUUAAGUUCACAAGAGUGGGUGUAAUUAUCUAAAAGCUCACUUUUUAUGUAAAAGCUUUUCCUGAGAAUUUAUUGUAUGGAGGGUAGAUUUAUGGCACAUAUGUCAGAGAAUUCCAAAUGUGUCAAAUUAUUUUGGGAAGAUGCCCACAAUUCAGGUCAUAUUAAGUAAAAGUUUAGUGAACUUCCUGUAUGUGUUGUGAUAUUCUACGGUAAGAGUGUCAUUUUUUUAACGGUACUGGUUUAAUUUGUCAGGCACAAUAGACCUAGCAUACAACAAAUAAUGCAAGACAAAAGGUAAAAGAAUGAAUUGCUUACAUUCCAAUUUAACAAAUACAAAUUUGAGUCUAAUAUAGCAGAAAUAGAGUUGUUAUGUUUAUUUAUAGUUAGUAACAUUUCUAGUAGAUUUAUUUAAUUCACUUUAUUACCUCUGUAAUUCAGGUAAAUUGCAAGUUAAAAUUCCAAAGUGAUAAACAUUGCAAAGUGAAGACUUUAGAAAUACAUUCGUUUUGAAUUCAGCUUCCCUGUAGUACAUUUUGUGAUAUGGUAGGAAUAAUGGAUGUAGUAUUAAAUGGUAUUUAAAGUGUGCAUUUCAGAAAGUACCUUAUUAACUUUGUAGUUGUAAAUGUAGUAUUGUCAGACCGUCGAAUUGCUUCAAACAAAGAAAUUCUAUCCCUACGAAUUCAGAUGCAACAGGGUUUUUUUAAACUGCUUUACAUACCUAAUGGACAUUUACACAACAGUUACUAAAGUAAAUAGUGUAAUUAUGAACUCCCCAUUAUGACAGAUUAAAAGAACAAUUCAGCUGAAAAAUCUUUUAAGGGUUCAGGUGAUUUUUCCAUGUUCUGAUCUCCAUGUCUUUAUGGCAUUCAAGACGCAUGUUAAUAAUGCUUUUACUCUUACAAAUUUAUCUAUUCUUUUAACAACUACCAUUAUGCACAAAAAUCAUAAAUUUUAGAACUGUAUGUAGUAAGAUAUAAUUUAUGCCUUUAGUGAUCAUUGCAUGAAGUCAACAAUGCAGAUCGACAGUAGCGCUAAAAUGUAGCACUUUUAUAAAUAUAAAAUGUCAGAUUAUAUCAGUAAAAGAUAUAGUCAGUGAAUAGUACUUCACGAAGUGUUUAUUAAAAAAUUGUUAGCAUGUUGAACUUUUAUUAACCUCUUAUUGUCACUAUGAUGUAGCCGUGAUUGAGAAUGUUGCGUUUCUUUGAUCAUAUUCCCAACAUCUAGGCCAACAUCAGUGAUUAUUUUAUAAUUAGAACUAGCGGGUGUUAUUCCAAAUAGUGUAUGCUUCCAUCACUGAACUGUCAUUUGAGGUGUGGACAGUAACACAGCCCUUCCAUAGAUCUCAGAUACUGCUUCCAGUGAAACCUAAAUGGCUUUAUUCCAAAGGGAAAUCAGAAUAUGUGCUUUGGAAACCACAAGUGAGAUGGUAUUUCAGACAGAGGAGGUGUGAUUAACCCAGUUCAUUAUUAACUAUAUUAACUGCAGUACUUCAGAACACAAAUGCUGUUUGUUUAUUUAUACUGUGCAUCUCUCUUGAGCUGUCUAGUAAUGGUUGACUAGCAAAACAAUAGACUAUGAUUUAAUUGUGAAGUCAAAGCACAGUUUAGGGUUAUGUACACUAGACUCGAUAUAUUUUAGGUCACUUUUUGCUUUGUAAAUGUUUGAAUGAUUCUUAAACAUUGUACUUUUGCAACGUUUUUUGAAUUUGUUUUUGCUUUUGAGAAAAAUGACUGCAAUGUCAGUUUUUAGAAUGUUAAAAUUUUUGGUUCUUUUAUGUGUUUUGAACAAAAAAACACUUAUGUAUGACAGGUAUGUAUCUACUUUUUGUAGAGAAACAGUGAAUGUGCUUAAUAAAACUAUAAAGUUUUUUUGAA